GGCAUCGAGCUCUCUCGUUUGGUGAACAAAAGGGCGAUCAUCAUCAAUUUCUCUCUCUUCUCUCUCUCUCUUCUCCCUCCCUCUCGCUCUCUCUCUCUUUCGCAGAAUUUAAGAUACGGCAUCUCCGGAGCCAAACGUAUUCUCCGAAGAUCGAAGCGGGCGGAUUGGUCGGAUUCUCCCGUGUCGCCAUGGCAGUCGUAGCUGAUGACACCACCAGGAUAUGCAGCCACUGCGAAAGAUCUAUCCCAUCCUCGAACAUCGAUUUACACUAUGCCCAUUGCUCUCGGAAUCUUGAAAAAUGUAAAGUUUGUGGGGACAUGGUCCCUAAGAGACACGCUGAGGAACAUUUCUUGAACACCCAUGCUCCGGUUUCUUGUUCGCUGUGCAGUGAGAUGAUGGAACGCGAUAUUUUAGCUGUUCAUACAGGAGAAAACUGCCCACAAAGGAUCGUCACUUGUGAAUUCUGCGAGUUUCCGUUGCCCGCAAUUGAUUUGGCUGAGCAUCAGGAAGUAUGUGGAAGCAGAACAGAACUUUGUCAUCUUUGCAACAGAUACAUUAGAUUGCGAGAAAGAUACAACCACGACCGUCACUGUGAGGGUGUUCCAGAUCAUAGUGCAGGACCUUCCAGUAACAUCAGACCACCUCAAGGAGAGCAUCCUCCACGAGGGCGAUCCAAUGAGUUCUCUCCAAGGCGCAUCUUAUUCACCAUCGCAAUCACGGGUAUCGCUGUCCUAUUGGGUUCGCUAUUCUACCAGAAAAAGAUGGAGAACAAUCAGGUGCAUUGAGUUGGACCGUGCCUGACACGCAUUCGAUCGAUGUAAAACGGCUAUCAAGUUCUUCAUUUAUAGAGGCUGGGGAUCGUCUGAAAACCAUACUAUUGUAACGAUAAUUAGGUACAUAUUGCCUGUGACGAGACGCUCAAUAGAUGCGGCUUUUUCUUAGUUUUCUCACAAACUUACCUUGAUCAACGUGGCUGUGAACUUUUUGCCCUGUACUCAUGUUGUAUUCUUAGCAGUGGUUUAGCCAGACUUACAUUAAUUGUAUGCCGAGCUUCAUCCAGAAACUCUAAUUCAUGUUCAUGGAUUACAGCUCUA